AUGGCAUCUCUGGCACAUCAAAUCAAGAUUCGUCAGAGGGAUAAGAGGAUACGUAAUUUCCUUCUGAAACAAAGAAGAAGAAGAGAAGCUGCUCUACAUGUUGCGCGCGAAGAAAUCUUCCAUCAUUCCUUGUCUGGAGGAUGCUACUCCAUUCCCGAGUACCAAGAUUUCAUAUCUGUCCCCUCCUCUGGUCUACCUCUGCGAAGAGUCUUCGUUUCUAUGUUCUACAAGAAAAACCCUUCAUAUCAACGCUUCUCGGAACGUUACCAGCCAAAAUAUAACUCAUGA